CUUUAUGAUUCCCACGUCUAGUUUAAUUUGGGUUGACAGCUUUUUACUAUAAAAUAGAAAUAUAAUAUGUACUCAGAACACGUAUGUCAAGAUGCAUCAGGAAGAUAGUUAUGCAUACUCAACAGAACAGUAUCGCCCAAUCUCGCCAACAUUAUGUCCCAUUCAGCACAUUAAAGCGCACUGUCUAAACAAUUAAACAAAAACCUCAACAAUAAAUAUUAAAAAGGAGCGGAAUCCUCGACGCGAAUAACAAACAUAAUUGUUUUUUUGUGCCUCAUUCAAUAGAGCUUUGUCCGGUAAUACAAAAACUGGUUCUCAAAAAAGUCACCUUUAUAAAUUAAGUUUCAGCAUUUGUGAACACCAAUCACAGCUCAGAGGCGGGGUUGCGCUAACCCCUCAUUGGCGCUCCCGACGCUCUCAUCUGUCUACAUUUUAUAUAACCGGAUGAUACAACAUAUACAGUUAACACUAUAGAGUAAGCGGGACGGCACUAUGUUGGAGACAGUGUGUCGCUUCGCACUCGCGCCGUCUCGCUCGCGCCAUACUGUCAGUUUGUUCGCCGAAAAUGAAGCAACAGUGUUGGCAACACUCGCGACGAGAGCGCGCCUUAACAGUUGCGCGUUCCACGUUUGAAAAAUCGAGUGGAUUUCGAAUUCGGAACUUUUUAAUUUUGGUGUUCAAUUGUCAAUGGACUUAUGUUUUUUUUAUAGUGUAGCGAUGUGCAUGGUAGUAGUUUGAGUGUGUUAUAUUAUAAAGUCGUGUGAUGGAGAUGUCGCUGCCGAACGGCGUGGACGUGUCGCAGCUGGUGCAGCACCCCGUGCUGGCCGCCUUGCCGCCCUUCUUCCUCAGAGCUUCAGAGAGAUAUCAGAGGACGCCGAAGUGCGCGCGGUGCCGCAACCACGGCGUGGUGUCGGCGCUGAAGGGCCACAAGCGCUACUGCCGGUGGCGGGACUGCGUGUGCGCCAAGUGCACGCUCAUAGCCGAGCGGCAGCGCGUCAUGGCGGCCCAGGUCGCGUUGCGACGGCAGCAGGCACAGGAAGAGAACGAGGCGCGGGAGCUGAACCUUCUGUACACGGGGCAGCCGCCUGCGCCGCACCACUACGACAUGCCCGAUGAUUCGCCUGGUCGCGCGGCGAUGGCAGCAGGCACAGGAAGAGAACGAGGCGCGGGAGCUGAACCUUAUGUCGCGCUGCGACGGCAGCAGGCACAGGAAGAGAACGAGGCGCGGGAGCUGAACCUUCUGUACACGGGGCAGCCGCCUGCGCCGCACCACUACGACAUGCCCGAUGAUUCGCCUGCUCAGAAGCGUGCGCGGAUCACAGAGGUGUGCUCCAGCCCUUCGCCCCCCACAGACCAGCAGCCCGACUCCAAGUCUCCGCCGCAAACCCCGCCGCUUGCCACCCCUCCCCCGCGCUCGCCUUCCGACCACGAGCUCAACGUUGAAGAAGAACUCGAGGACCAGUCUGAGACCUCCCUCACCCCCGAAAACCUCUCCAUGAAGGCACCCAGAACAGAAGACCCGACGCCAGUCAAAAAGGAAGACGAUGACAAGUGGGAGAGCCCCGAUUUCAAAUACAAAAUGUUCAGACGAGAGAGGAAAGAGUCAUUACCUGAACAGUCCGACGACUGCUCGCCCUCUUUCCAGAAAUCCCCCGUUGACGUUCUUAUCAAAGUUUUUCCAAGAAAGAGUCGACAGGAGAUCGAAGCAAUCCUGUCGCGCUGCAAAGGGAAUGUCGUCGCCGCCAUGGAAAUGAUGAUAAAUGGAACUGAGCCACCUACAAACGCUUACAAUAUGACGCAAGAAUCUCCUCCUUAUAUGCAGAACUAUCAGUCAAAAUCUGCUUUCUCGCCACUGUCGAAUCAGAGUUUUAAAUUUUCACCUUCUCGGAGGUUCCUGACGCCGCCGUACAGUGGGACAGGCUACCUGCCGACAGUGAUCCGGCCGCCGCCGGAGUACCUGUCGGGCUUUAUGCCGCCGGCGGAGCUGAUGUACGGCAGACAGAUGCCCGUGCCCUCGCCUGGGACCUCGCCGCGCUCCGAUAACACCAACACGGAGUUCUCGGACUAGGGGUACCCGCAUUGGACAGUGCUGUGAAGUGCUGAUUGAGGACUUGUGAUUAUAUGUGAACAUUAUGCUUACUUAGUAAAAUUAUACCUACUUUACGACAAGAAAUAUGUGGUCAACAGUAAAAAAGAAUGUGGUGUGGCGUUAGUUUGCUCAAGCCGAUUUAAGUUUAGUUCGAUCAUAUUAGUUAAAAGCUAUCACCAAGGAUGUUAUAUUCAGACUAAAUGCAAAUAGGUACAUUCUACGUUUAUCUAACUUUAGUAUCUAUUCUCAAGCUAACUUAGAUUAAAGUGUAAGGAGUAUACGAUGUUCGCAAAAGUAUUUACGUCAACAUAACGUACCUAAUUAGCGUCUAAUACCUUAACAGUCAUAAAAUAAAGAUACAAUUUUGCUUGCUUUCAAUCAACAUUAUCAUCUGUGAAACUUUUGAUAAUUAUAGUUAAAUCUUUGCAACGGCGACCAAGUUCAAAACAAGAGCAAAUAUAAUAAGUACAGAAUGAACCUUAUGAUUAGAUAAAUUAGUCAGAUGGUUAUAAUUAAAAAAAAAAUAUCCUUCUAAUCAUAAAGAGACAUUUUCUCCGAAGUUAUACUCGAAAUUGUUAUCAUUUAUCAAGGAGUUCUUAGUGAUUUCGCAAAAGUAAGAUGGGACAAUUUUGAAUGGAAAACAUAGGAAAACUAUCGGUUUCACCAAAUAUCGUCGACUAUACGAUAAAGGUCCCCUCUAAAAAUGGUUUCGGCGGUAAAUAUGUACUUACCAUUUAAAAUAUAUGGGAGUUUUCUCGACUGUAGUAUACGAAAGAGUGUUCAGAUGUGGCGUGUAACGCUGUUUUGUAAAUAAAGUGUUAGGUAUAGUAGUUUUACCAGAGUUUUAUGCCGAAGUUAUCGAAUAUUCGCGUGUAUAUUUAUGCUUCAUAAUAAUAACUUUAAUUCAAUGAAUGUUCUAGUAUUAAAUUUAUUGUAUUUCAAGGGGAUACAAUAUAC